CUGCUCAUGUUGAAAAGAACAUAUCCGGGAUCGGCCAGUCUUUUUCAGGAUAUUGGGAAAAAGAUGGUGAUCUAUCUUCGUGAUGGUCGCGUCUACAUAGGAUUUUUGCGCAUCAUAGAUCAAUUUGCGAUUGAACGGAUUCACGUGGGUAAAAAGUUUUGCGAUAUCCCUCGAGGUAUUCUGAUAAUACGCGGUGAGAACAUCAUCCUUAUUGGUGAAGUAGUAAGUCCGGUUAUAUAUGCUAUAAUUAAUUUAGAUCAAUUUAAAAAACCACGAGACUACUUCGCACUGCUUUAG